AUGGCUCAAGUGAAGGUCGAAGGAUGUCAGCCCAAGAACAUUUUUCUGUUGGCCGGACAGAGCAACAUGUCCGGACGAGGAGGCAACUAUGACGACACCGACAACAACAUCAUCAAAUGGGACGGCGAAAUCCCGCCGGAAUGCAGCCCCAACCCAAAUAUCCUCCGACUUAAUGCAAACAAGAGCUGGGAGGAAGCCCAUGAGCCUCUUCACCAGGAUAUUGAUUGUUCGAAGACCUGUGGGAUCGGACCCGGGAUGCCUUUUGCGAAUGCAAUCUUGGCCAAAGACCCGAGCUUUGGGAGCAUUGGUCUGGUCCCCUGUGCCAUAGGAGGAACCAGGAUAGUGGAGUGGGCUCGGGGGGCUGCAUUAUACAACCAGCUGGUGGAUAGGGCGAAGGCCUCCUUGAAUGGCGGUGGGGGUAAAAUUCGAGCGCUGCUUUGGUACCAAGGUGAGAGCGAUACGUCGGAGCAAGAUUCCAAGUUGUAUAAGGGCAGAUUUGAGAAAUUCAUCAAUGAUCUCCGACAGGAUCUCGACCAACCUGAUCUCCCCAUAAUCAUGGUAUUUUUGUCAACAGAUCAAGGACCAUUUAUGAAUCUUAUAAGAAGUGUUCAGCUGAAUUUUGAUGAGAAAAAUGUCAAGUGUGUUGAUGGCAUGGGCUCAACCUUUUUAGCAGAUGACAAGCACUUGGAUACCAAGUCUGAGAUUUGCGUGGGUCUCAAACUGGCCGACGCCUUUCUUUCCUCCUUUGCUCAUAUCUCCUAG